AUGGCCUGCCUGAGCCCUUCUCAGCUCCAGAAGUUCCGGGAAGAUGGGUUCCUGGUUCUGGAAGGAUUCCUGUCUGCAGAAGAGUGUGUGACCAUGCAAGAGAGGAUUGGUGAGAUAGUUGCCAAAAUGGAUGUCCCUCUCCAUUGCCGCGUAGAAUUUUCCACCCAGGAAGAGGAGCAGCUCCGAGCCCAGGGCAGCACAGACUAUUUCUUGAGCAGCGGCGACAAGAUUAGAUUCUUCUUUGAGAAAGGUGUUUUUGACAAGGAAGGCAAUUUCCUGGUCCCUCCAGAGAAGUCCAUCAACAAAAUUGGCCAUGCUCUGCAUGCCCAUGACCCAGUCUUCAGGUGUGUCACACACUCCCCCAAAAUGCAGGCCUUGGCCAGGAGUCUAGGCCUCCAGAUGCCCGUGGUGGUGCAGAGUAUGUACAUCUUCAAGCAACCUCAUUUUGGCGGCGAAGUCUCCCCUCACCAGGAUGCUACGUUCCUGUACACGGAGCCUCUGGGCCGGGUGUUGGGUGUGUGGAUCGCACUGGAGGAUGCCACGCUGGAGAACGGCUGCCUCUGGUUCAUCCCUGGCUCCCAUACAAGUGGAGUGUCAAGAAGGAUGGUUCGGUCCCCGGCCUGCUCGGCACCUGGCACCAGGUUCCUCGGGUCAGAACCAGCCUGGGAGAGCAGCCUCUUUAUGCCCACACCUGUCCAGAGAGGGGCCCUUGUCCUAAUCCAUGGAGAAGUAGUACACAAGAGUGAACAGAACCUCUCUGACCACUCACGCCAGGCCUACACAUUCCACCUCAUGGAAGCCUCUGGUACCAUCUGGAGCCCAGAGAACUGGCUCCAGCCCACAGCUGAGCUGCCCUUUCCUCCACUGUAUACCUGA